CACGCGUGAAAACUACGUCAAUGGACUUAAACAUCUAGGAACCGUUCGCCAUUUUGGCUCAAACAAACUCCUUAAUAUUUUACGCCAAAUAAAGUGUUUUAAAAUUGCUAUAGGAGAUCUUUACGCUAACAUAUUGUCGGCUGCCAUUAUACUUACAACGAGCUAACAUUUACUUUGAACGUAGCUUUAUCCCGUAUUUAUUGCGUGAAAGCUGUGAGCCAAAAGUCAUGGUUUAAAAAAAUCCCAGCUGAGCUUGCUACAUUUUUGUUUUGUCGGUUUUUUUUCCACUGAGUAUAAUGGGGGGCUGCUCCGCUCCAAACUGCUCCAAUUCAACCAGCAUAGGCAAACAGCUGUUCAGGUUCCCUAAAGACCCUGUGCGGAAGAAGAAAUGGGUGGUGAACUGCCGACGUGACUUUGAGCCCACUCCUCACUCCAGACUCUGUCAGGACCACUUUGAGGAAAGCCAGUUUGAAGAAAUCGCCAGAUCUGCAGCUGGUGGUAAAAAGCUAAAGCCCAAUGCCAUCCCCACUCUUUUCCAUGUGGGGGACCCUCCUUUCCCAGCAGUCACCUCUCCAUACAUCCUGCUACCACUGAAACCCGAGCCAGAAAAGGAUCUAAACCUUGGGGAUCAUGGCUAUGCCAGACGCAACCUCCUGUCUGGCGUUGAAGAAGAGGAUGGAGAAAGAACAUCUGAAAACCACCACCCCUGCAUGCAGUGUCAGCUCCUGAAGAAAAAACUGGAGCUGGAGAUGCAGCACACUGCAAGACUACAAAGGGAGGCAGAAGAGAUGAAGAAGCGUCUGUAUCGGCUCGAUCGCAUAGAGAAGGGUCUUCAGAACUUUCUGUACGAAGAUCAGAUCAGAGCUCUGUCCCUUACAAAGCGUUCCCGCCGGGCCGUCUGGUCACCAGAGACGAUCCUGAAAGCCCGAAAGAUUCGCUGUGCUGUUGGAACCAAAGGCUACGAGUACCUCAGGGAGAUCGGCUACCCUCUGCCCUCGUACAGGACUUUGUGCAAUCGUUUGGAGACUAAGAUCAUGGUGACAACUGACAUGAGCUGCGAGGAGCUGGCAGAGCUGGGCCUGGGACUUAUGGCUACAUGUGAUAGUCCUGCAGAAGGGGUUGGGGACAAUGAUGAGGAAGAACUGAUGGGAGUUUUGUCCUGAUCCCAGUUACUGAUGGGGAACAAGGGCAGACUGAGUUGAGUAUUUAAACUAUUAUUCAUUCAAGUUUAGCAACACUGGUUUGUAAUUUUUCUUACCUGAAUGUCACGUGGCUGUAGUUACAUUUUACACCAGUAGAUGCAUUCACUCAGGUGAUGUUUGAUGGUCCGGCUCCAACUUAGCCAAGAUUUCUGUUCUGGUGAUUGCUGCUGUGAUGCUGGCAUGUUGUGGUAGCCUGAACAUGUGAGGAGCAUGUGACAUUUGUAGCUCAUUGAAAUGCAUAACAGAAAUAUGAUUGAUGUUAAGAAAACCUUUUGCACAAAGUAUUGUGAAAUCGCUGCUUGUUUUUAAGGUCAAUUGUCACAUAGCUGAGUUUUUCACUGACUCUGUUCUAUACAUAAUAUAAGAUGUAUUUAGCUUAAUUACAUAUAAUUAAAACAGAUAAACAUGCUGCACA